GACCACCAAAGCUCAUUGGGUUGGCUUCAGUGGAGCGACUUAUCUGAAUGCCACAAACUACUCCAUACUAUGGACUUGGAUGUGGAAAAGAUGGCAUCUAUCUUACUUAACCAACACCAUGAUCAGGGGAAGGAUUCAUACUUCGAGUUCAGUGUUGUACUUCCAGGAAAUAAUAUUCCAAAGUGGUUCAACUUUUGUAAGCAUCCAACUGAUCAUGAGUAUUGCGAGUUUGUUAUUAAACUUCCUCCAAAUUUCAGUGGAAAGAAUUCGAGAUUGGCUUUAUCGGUUGUGUUUGAAAGCACAGAUGAAACACUAACUUAUGAUGAUUAUGAUGAUUAUGAAAAACACGCGUUUCAUGUCCGAGUCUACAUUAAUGGUGAUGAAAUAUUUUGGGUUCACGAGCAUUUACUUAUUCGUCCGGGGUCAAAUCAUGUGUGGUUGCAGUAUGUUUCGUUAUCUGAUAUGAGGCAUUGGGGGAGACAGUGGAAUGAAGAGCAACUUUUGAGCAAGUGUGAAGUGAGAAUUUUUUCUUCUAAACCACUUUCCUUAAAAGCUUGUGGUGUCCAACUAGUAUGCCACCGGAACGAGUAUGACAACAAUGAUCAAAACUUAGCAGAUCUUCAAUUUUACAAGAGAAAUUACGAUGACUUGGAUCAUGAAGUUGUUCAAGUUCCAAGAUCACGUUUUGGUUGGUACCCUCAACAGAGAUUGCGCCUUGGAGCCUUGGGCAUUACACUAGUGGAGAUUGAUCGGGACGAAAAUAAAAAGAUAAUUGGUGAGCAUUUCCUUCAUCGGAUCUUCAAGAAAGUAUCAACUCGAUUGAUCGCUCAUGCCAAGAUACUAAAUUUGUUAUAUGUUUUAGUAUGUCUUAUUUUGAUUUUUUGUUUGUUUGCCAUCAAAUAAUCCCCUCUUGGGAAAUUUCUUGGAAUGUAUGUUUGUGCUUCAAUUUUAACAUCUUGGUACGUAGGUUUAUAAUUUGUAAUAAAUAUACAUGGAUUA